AUGGAGACGCUGCUCGUACUGGGACUGCUGGGGCUGCUCACUGCGGCCGCGGGGGACGAGAACCGCAUCGUGGGCGGGGAAAAGUGCGGGCGGAGGCUCCACCCCCACCAGGCCGUGCUGCUGGAGCCGGGCGGGGCCAUCCACUGCGGCGGCGUCCUGAUUGGCCGGCGCUGGGUGCUGACCGCCGCCCACUGCCACACCCAAAGCCCGCUGCCCAUCCGGCUGGGCGAGCACAGCCUGCGGACGCGGGAGGGGACCGAGCAGUGCCUCACCUGGGCGCGCGCCUUCGUGCACCCGCGCUACAACGUCACCACGCACGACAGCGACCUGAUGCUGCUGCGCCUGCGCCGCCCCGCCCACCUGAGCGCGCACGUCAGCCCCGCCCCCCUGCCGCGCAGGUGCCCCCGCGGCGGGGACAGGUGCGUGGUGUCGGGCUGGGGCAGCACCAGCAGCCCGCAAG